UACUUCUUUCCCAAUCAAAACCUUCAAACAACGGAUGGCCUCAAAUUCUUCAAUUUCAACUAAAUUUUAAUUUUUUUCCUCCAAAAACUUUGACAGAAAUUCAAUUAAAAGAACAAUUAAAUUUAUUAUUUAAAUGUAUUUGUGAAGUUAAGAAGAAAGAAGAAAAUUGUUUGAAAGAAGAAAAAUCUGUUAAGGAUGGACAUUUGAUCCCAAAAUUGGAUGGAAUUCAAAUUACUUGUUUAUCUCAACUUGUGGUUCAAUAUAUGUGGGAAAUUUAUAGAAGAGAAGGUUUUUUUUGAAAAUAUUAUUUGGGGUUAUUUAAUUUUUGAGAAGCAAAAUUUUUUAACAAGAAUUUUUUGGCGGGGGCCAAGGAUGGAAAAUUUUUGUGCGCCGAAUUUUAGGCGUCGAAUCGAAUCUUGAUUUUAAUCGAAUCUUGAUUAAUCGAAUCUUGAAUUUUUUCAUUUUGUGUGUAAGAAGCCAGAUUUAUUCCUUUUUCAGCGCUACAGGCUAAAAUUUUUAAAAUUUCGAAGGCCGUCCUCCCCUAAUUUUUUCCUUUUCUCCAUUUCGGGAGGGAUGGGAGGAAUUCACCCUUGGUUACGGGCCUGGUUCUAUUAAAAUUAAAGAUGAUUUUCUGACAUUGGUUCACAAAGGUUCAAAAUUGUUCAAAAUUUUUGUGCGCCGAAUUUUAGGCGUCGAAUCGAAUCGAAACAUUCUUUUUCCUUUAAAGAUUGAGGGUAUGUGUUUUUUAAAUUAAAAAUUUUCGUCGUUUAUUUCUCUCAAAAGAAAUUUUUUUAAGUUUUCAUUUUCUUCUUACUUUUCAGGCCAUCAAUUAGAGACUUUAUUGCCAAUUAUUGCAUUUUUGGAGUGGGCAAAGGAUUUUCAUUCAGAUUGCACAGCCUCAAUACAAAUUAUGCUUUGUAGACUUUAUGGUAUUUUUGGUUGUGUUCAAAGAAUAAAAGAAAUGGAGAAACAAAUUCAAUUAAAAUUUAUUCAAAAAGACAGUUUAGCAUUUCUUCGGUUUUUCACACCUUAUCAUUUUGGGCGAUUUAAGGAGGCUAAUAUUUACUAUACAGAUUUGGGUUGGUUUUUUUUAUUUUUUUUUGAUUUUGGGAGUAGGUUAUGUUUAGUUCUUUAG